CUCCCCGCCCGGCGGAGAGGGGUCGGGGGAGGGGGCAGCAUGGCCUGUCCGUCCGGCCCCUUUUCCAGCGCUCAUCUGCCCCGGGAGUGCGGCGCCGCUCCUCGCAGGGAGAAGAGGUCCGAAUGGAGACAGACGGCAGCCAGCCCGGCCUCGCCUCCCCGGACUCCCCGCACGACCCCUGCAAAAUGUUCAUCGGGGGACUGAGCUGGCAGACCACGCAAGAGGGCUUGCGGGAGUACUUCAGCCAGUUCGGCGAGGUGAAGGAGUGCCUGGUGAUGCGGGACCCGCUGACAAAGAGAUCCAGGGGCUUCGGGUUCGUCACGUUCAUGGACCAGGCUGGCGUCGACAAGGUCCUGGCCCAAUCCAGACAUGAACUGGACUCCAAGACGAUUGACCCGAAGGUAGCGUUCCCUCGCCGAGCACAGCCCAAGAUGGUGACCCGAACGAAGAAGAUAUUUGUGGGUGGUCUGUCUGUGAACACUACUGUGGAGGAUGUGAAACAAUAUUUCGAGCAGUUUGGGAAGGUGGAUGAUGCGAUGCUGAUGUUUGACAAGACAACCAACCGACACCGAGGAUUUGGGUUUGUCACAUUUGAAAGUGAAGACAUUGUGGAAAAAGUAUGUGAAAUCCACUUCCAUGAGAUCAACAACAAAAUGGUGGAGUGUAAAAAAGCUCAGCCGAAGGAGGUGAUGUCCCCAACGGGCUCUGCACGAGGGCGGUCCCGAGUCAUGCCUUACGGGAUGGAUGCCUUCAUGCUGGGGAUCGGCAUGCUGGGUUAUCCAGGCUUCCAAGCUGCCACCUACGCGAGUCGAAGUUACACUGGCAUUGCACCUGGUUACACUUACCAGUUCCCUGAGUUCCGUGUAGAGCGGACCCCUCUCCCGAGUGCCCCCGUCCUCCCUGAGCUCACAGCAAUCCCCCUCACUGCGUAUGGACCGAUGGCGGCGGCAGCGGCUGCGGCGGCCGUGGUGCGAGGGACAGUUCUGCUGCCUGCUGUAGGUUCCACCCCCAGUCGCACCGGAGGCUUUCUGGGCACCACCAGUCCCGGGCCCAUGGCAGAGCUUUACGGGGCUGCCAACCAGGACUCAGGGGUCAGCAGUUACAUCAGCGCUGCCAGCCCAGCCCCGAGCACCGGCUUUGGACACAGCCUAGGGGGUCCCUUGAUUGCAACAGCUUUUACCAAUGGGUAUCACUGAAGCUGGGGACCAAGGAGGCAGGAGAUUCCCCAGUGACCUGACCGAGGACAGCGCGUGGCUGGAGGAUCUGGUGAGCCUCGGGGGAUGAGCCAAGGUUUCCUUUCUCUUGAAUCAAACUGCACACUGCCGGCUGGCUGCCAGGCUCCUGCCGCCCUGCCCGAUCUCUCCCUUUGCCCAGACCACACUGGACUGAACCCGAGGAGAUCAUCUCGCUUUCCUACUAACCACCGACGGUUUACGCUUCCCCUCCCUGCCCCCAGCCCACUGAUUCUUCUUUUAUUUAUUUUAUUAGCUGUUAGUUUUAUUUUUUUAUUUUAUUUUUUUAUCUUUUUUGGGGGCUGCCCCUUCUUUUUGUUGUUUGCUCUUUCCCGAGCUAGUAGACAUAUUUUAUGAAUUGGCUUUGUGAUUGUGUUAGGUAGUUUUCAUUGAGGAGUAUUUUUAUUUGGCUUUGAAACUGUUUUGAAUAUUUUCAACUCUGUUGUUGUUGUCGUCAGUGUUUUUAAAGCACGGUAUGUAACAAGAAUGCAGUUCUGAAGGGAAGAAAGAGACAGAGAGAGAGAGAGCAAAGGCUGAGAGGAACUGCUGUAUUUCUAUUUUUUUUAAAGAAACUGUUUUUAAUUGUUUCUGUUUUGUAAAUGUGAGGCUUUGAAAAGUGUGAAACUCCAAGGAUCCGAAAACGUUGGACAUCACUAUGGAACAAAACAAAUGUAUAUUUUGCUAAGUGAAAAACACUAUCCUUACAGCUGAAAGAUUUUUUUUUCCUAGGUUUAGUUUUACGUGGGGUUUUCUUUUUCCUCCUGUAUAAUAUGUAAAUAUCGUGAGCUGAACCUGGCUGCUGCCUGCAGCCUGGCUCCAAGGAGCAGCUCCAGGUCCUGGACUUGGUGCCGCAGCGUGAGCAAUACUCUCCAGCAGAAUCCUGACAGGACUUUGUUCUUUUUUUGUACACCUUUUACUGUAAGAUUUUAAGACCUCUGAAGAGAUGAGAUGAA